GGAGGCACUACACAAUCUUCGCAGUGUUGGGGCUAUUUUGCAAUUUUUUUUUAGAGGUUCUUUUUUUCCGCCCUUAUUAUUGAACAAAGAGCUGCUGCUGUGCCGGGGCUUAGCGCUUCGGAGGGCCGAGGGCGGCGGCGGCCCCGCCCGGCUGGAGAGAAUGCAGGUGGAUGACGGCGCGUCUGGGGACCGCAGACACCUUGAAUGACAGCAAAUUCUCUCUCCAGGUUUCCCAACGGGAACCUGCCCCGCACGGUCGCCCGGUUUUCUCUCGAGAAUCGUAGAAGGGGCUCGGCCGCAGGAGGCGCUUCGGGACCCAGGCUCCGGCCUGCCGAGAGCGUCGCCCAGAGCAGGCCGAAGCGGGCAGCGAAGGGACCGGGCGGUCGGCCGUGACUGGGCUCUGAGCCGCCGAGGGCUCCCGCGGGCUCGGCUGCCCGGGCGGCGUCCUGCCGGGCGGGCACCACGUGGAGCGCACCAGCUGCGCCCAGAUGUGCCCGCCGCCCGCGGCCCCACAGGCCCCGCGGAGAGGCUCCUGCGCACCCCGAGGCCCCGCUCGCCCUCCCAGCUCGCGGCUCUCUUAAAGGGAGACCCCGGCCCGCCGCGCCGGGUCCCGGAGCGCCGCUCUCGGGGAAACGCCGCGCAAAAGGUUUGUCCCCGCGCGCGCGCCGUACCGCGCGGCCCCGGCGCUGGGGGUAGCGCGCGGCGGCGAUGGGCGAAACCAUGUCGAAGAGACUCAAGUUGCACCUGAGCGGGGAGACAGAGAUGGAGGAGCGCGCGUUCCCCAACCCCUUCCCGGACUACGAGGCCGCGGCCUCCACCGCUGCGACGGAGGAGACGGGUUGUGCUCGCCCCGCGCCCUCCCCCGACGAGCUCGGCCUCCCUUUCCACGAGGAUGGGAAGAUCAUCCAGAGCCUCACACGGCGGAUCCAGACCAAAAUCAAAGACCUUCUGCAGCAGAUGGAAGAAGGGCUGAAGACAGCUGACCCGCACGAUUGCUCCGCCUACACCGGCUGGACGGGCAUAGCUCUGUUAUACCUGCAGCUGCACCGGGUCACGAGCGACCAGGCCUACCUGCUCCGGUCCCUGGACUACGUGAAGAGAACACUUCGGAACCUGAAUGGCCGCAGGGUCACUUUCCUCUGUGGGGACGCCGGGCCGCUCGCCGUGGGGGCCGUGGUCUAUCACAAACUCAAAAGUGACGGCGAGUCCCGGGAAUGCAUCUCCAAACUCUUGCAGCUCCAGAGAGCCGUUGUCGGCCGAGACUCGGACCUUCCCGACGAGCUGCUCUACGGACGGGCCGGGUACCUGUAUGCCUUACUCUACCUGAACACGGAGAUCGGGCCGGGCGCCGUGUGCGACUCAGUGAUCAAAGAGGUCGUCACUGCUAUUGUCGAGUCGGGCAAGGCCCUGUCUCGGGAGGAGAGGAAGAUGGAGCGCUGUCCCCUCCUGUACCAGUGGCACCGGAAGCAGUAUGUCGGAGCGGCGCACGGCAUGGCGGGGAUUUACUACAUGCUGAUGCAGCCAGCGGCAAAAGUGGACCAGGAAACCCUGGCAGACAUGGUGAAGCCCAGUAUCGACUACGUGCGCCACAAGCGGUUCCGGUCUGGGAACUACCCGUCAUCGCUGAGCAAUGAGACAGACCGGCUGGUGCACUGGUGCCACGGGGCCCCGGGCGUCAUGCACAUGCUGAUGCAGGCUCACAAGGUGUUUAAGGAGGAGAAAUACCUGAAGGACGCCAUGGAGUGCAGCGACGUGAUCUGGCAGCGCGGCUUGCUGCGCAAGGGCUACGGGAUCUGCCACGGCACAGCUGGAAACGGCUACUCCUUCCUCUCCCUCUACCGCCUCACCCAGGACAAGAAGUACCUCUACCGGGCUUGCAAGUUUGCAGAGUGGUGUCUUGAGUAUGGAGCCCACGGGUGCCGCAUCCCCGACAGACCCUACUCUCUCUUUGAAGGUACAUUUGGGUCUCUCGUGAGGUGGCUGUGCAGACAGAACGUAGAAUGUCUGCCCCUGGUAACAGAAGAGAUGAUGGGCUUCCUCCUCUGCCCUUGCUCUGCAAUGCUGCGUGUUAACUGUUGA